AUGACCGCCAAUCCCCAACCUGCACUGGAGUGGGACAACUGGCAGGAUGUCCGUGGUGCUAUCGCGCUCCUCGCGGAGCAAGGCCUUGAGAUGCUUGGCCCUCCAGAAACAAGCAUACAUGAAUUGGUCAUUGAUAUCCCAGCGCGCGACGGGCACAAGAACUCCACAAACAUAUACAGGCCAACAAGUCUUCCUCCCUCCGGCAGCCCUCUCAUCGUGAUGUUCUUCGGUGGAGGCUGGAUUAGUGGAAGCAAAGACGCCAACACAGCUUUCGCCCAUGCUUACGUGCGAGCGUUUGGCGCUACUGUCGUCUCUCCAAGCUAUCGCAUGUCGCCCGAGCACAAGUUUCCAGUGCCCCCUCAAGAUGCCUGGGACACUGUCAAAUGGCUCGAUGAGCAUGCAGCCGAACUUGGUGCAGAUCUCAAGCAAGGCUUCAUCGUCAGUGGUGUCUCUGCUGGCGCUACAAACUCUGCUGUCGCGGCUACACAUGCCAUCGAGAACGAAUUGACGCACCCGAUCACUGGACAGUACCUUUGCGUUCCGUCCACUAUGGACGAGGAAAGUGUGCCUGAGAAGUUCAAGCCUUACUUCAAGGCUUACGAGCAGAACAAGAACGCGCCUAUCCUGCCGACCUCAGCUCUUGCCGCGUUGCAGGGACAUACCAGCUGGGACGCGGAAUCUCCUUGGCGACAUGUCAUUCGAUCUAAGGCGCCAUUGUCGAAGCAGUCCCCUGCGUACUUUCAAGUGGAUGGGAUGGAUCCACUUCGCGAUGAAGGCUUGAUUUGGGAAGAGAUGCUGAAGGAGGCCGGCGUCAAGACGAAGCUGGACUUCUACCCUGGGUGUCCUCAUGGUCAUCAUAUCUUCAUGCCGGGAAUCGAGGUUUCGAACAAGGCGACUGCGGAUCAGUUGAUUGGCGUUGGGUGGUUGCUUGGUAAAGACAUUACGGCGGAGCAAGGUCUGUCCGCCAUGAUGCCAAAUUCUGCGUGA